UAACUCUCUCAUCUCUGCUCACGAUUAGACAAUGUGCAACGAAAUGGAAAUUGCUCACAUUGUGGAACAUGAAGACUUUCACAGACAAAAGGAUGAAACAAUAUUUGCGAGUGAAGAUGAAGACACAUUCAAGGACACCAAGGUUGUGAUUCACAACAUUGUUGUUCCAGAGCAAGUACGCAAAAUGUUGAAGGUCAUCAUUGACGUAAAAGAAGAUGAUCUCGACUUCAUGGACAUGGCAAUGAAUACUGACACAGACAUCUUUGAACCUGAAGAAUGUAAACGAUAUACUAGGGUUCUUCCAUGAAAGUUGUUUUCAAGGCCUAGAAUCUUUCUAUCACUAGUUUGUAUAUAUCGGGAUCGAAGGACUGGCAUGGUAACCCGUGUUACCUUCGGAUACGAAAUGUAGAUGUAUUGUUGAAAUAAAUUCGAAAGACUUAAAACACGAUUCGCUACAUCAACGCGCAAAAAAUGCUUACUCCAAACCAGCUAAAUUGAUACUUCGUCAGUAGCUCACGCUGAACUGAUUGUGAUACACUAUAAAGAAUUCCUCAUGAAGUCGCCCAACUUAAUAUUACCCUUCAUCGGUGAGCGAAGAUGAACAAGACUUAAUGGAAUUCCCAUAGGAUUCAAAGAACUUCUCGUACCAAUCUUCGAAGAAGUAAUCAAAGUAUUUGCUGUUCUGAAAGCAAGCUUAUCUUACACGGUAAAGAGAUUCUCGGUGCCCAAAAAAGUCAUAGAUGCGGACCAGACAUGCGUCAAACCAUGCUUCCAUCUUCCAUUGAGUCUUUGAUGAACCAAUCGUUGUUGUUUUUUUGCAAAUUAUCCAAGAAUGCGCGGGCUACGCAACCACCAAACCAGUCUUCUGCCUGGAAAAAAACUUUUCGAAUUCCAAUUCUUGAUCCCCCCUAUGGCUUUCGAACAGCAUACUGUUAAUGAUGCUGUCCCAUGAUACAUAAGUCACACACUGUAAAUAUUUGCAUCCCAUUGUACAAAGCAGCACGACAUCAAUCGAAAACGCCAGUAUAGUGAACAAGUGAAAACAUUGUUUUUCUCAUGUCUAAACAUAUGAUCAUGCAAGGACUUGAGUAAAUUGCUUGCUGUCUUCGGGUUCCAAGAGAGAUUUUUCUGAAGCAGGCUUCUCUGCAAACAUGUCUUCGAUGUCCAGAACUUCUCUGCAUGUGAAUACCGAAACAAGUUUCUGGACAUCUGGAGGAAGCCAGCUAGAUCUUCGCUUUUCUACAGCAGAGUCACUUGUACAUCUUGCCAAAUCAAUAUUCUGCAGUUCACUUUCCAAAUGAGACGGUGGCUCACUGAAAGCAUCAAAAUCCCAUCCAACAGCAGCUGCAGUAGGUUGUUGGUUCUGUGUAGUAUGUUCGCUGGAGCUUUGAGUAGUUAUGAUAGAAUCGUUCGACAUAACUCUCAUGUUCACUUCAAUGUCAUUACUUUUGAGUACAAUUUUGCAAGUCGUUGAUCAGUUUUGCGCCACUGCAAAUUCACCUCCCUUGAGAUGUGUUACUGGUUAUUCUCGUUUUUGGUUUCGGAGGGACUGCAAAGACAGAUUUCAAAUCACAAAUUCACCAGUGUAAGUAUGACUGUUCGUGUUCAUGAGCAUUGUGCUGUAAUGAAUGCUUUGCCUGGGCUGUCUGUCCUCGUGCAACACCAGUUGCCCUUUUCCUCUGACGUGCUGGUUUCGACGUUCCUUCCUG